AGGUGAGCCACUGCGAAUUACACCCACACCGACGGUCUGCUGUUCUCUGAGCAAAGCAAGCGCCCAGACUGUGUCACGAAAAUAUUGACAUAUCGCGUUUUCCGAUUCAUCUCCGGAAGUGAGUCAGACAGGCAUAUCAAACGGUAAAAAUGACUAUAUUAUGUUUAAUUCGUUUAAAUAACGUUUUUUAUACGCAUUUGCGCAAUAUAUCCAAGCCUUUAGACAAAAUCGAUAUACUAGUCCCCCAUGGGCCUAAAUGAUGUCAGCUUUCGUCCCUCACCAAAACUUAAAAGGGUUCACAUGGGACAAAAUGGAAAAACUACCCCAACAUAAGGUGUGAAUUGACUGUUACAAAAAAAAGAAAACCAAACGUUUUCCUGCCUGAAAGAACAAGCAUCUCUCCCUACAUUUCUUCUUGAGCUCUAACGAGCCUCGUUAAGAUCGCAAUAAUAUUCCACCCACUAAUUGCUAAUUCCAUUCAACAAAUAGGCGAGCCUUGUUUUAUACUUCACUAUCGUGCAGUGGGAGGGUGGUGUUGAGAUUGGAGUUUCUGAUAACCCCCGGUGCUUGCAACAGAAGUGGUGAAAGCCCUAGUCUACGUACUGGCUAAUGAUUGGCACGCUUGACAGUGAUUGGCAGGGCUGCCAUGACAACCUCACAACCACACCAAGAAGACCAAUAGAAAAGCGAAACAAAAUGUUUCAGUGCUACACUCACGGUGGAUUUAGGGGGAGAUAUUAUGAGGCUGGUGUCAUUAGGCGAUAGCUAUUGAAUCGUACAAUCGUUACUCGUCGUUCUUUUUCUUGAUAACUGUAUUUCUCUCAGGUCAUUCCAUGGUUUUCAGAUCCCCUUUAGAGCUUUAUCCCUCCCAUUUCUUCCUGCCAAACUUCACUGAGCGCCCUGUGCUCUUGGCGAGCAGCACUCCCACCAGGUCUCCAGAAGACUUGUCAAUGUUUGCGCUACCGACCCUCAACUUCUCUCCGGAGCAAGUGGCUAGCGUCUGUGAGACGCUAGAGGAAACCGGAGACAUUGAACGACUGGGACGAUUCCUAUGGUCCCUGCCGGUGGCACCGGGAGCAUGCGAGCAGAUCAACAAGCAUGAGUCCAUCCUGCGAGCUCGCGCAGUGGUUGCUUUCCACACAGGGAAUUUUCGAGACCUUUAUCACAUCUUGGAGAACCACAAGUUUACCAAAGACUCCCAUGGCAAACUGCAGGCCAUGUGGCUGGAGGCACACUAUCAGGAGGCCGAGAAGCUGCGCGGUCGCCCCUUAGGGCCGGUUGACAAGUACAGGGUACGGAAGAAGUUCCCCCUGCCCAGGACCAUCUGGGACGGCGAGCAGAAGACGCACUGUUUCAAAGAGAGGACGCGUGGUCUGUUAAGGGAGUGGUAUCUUCAGGACCCAUAUCCAAACCCCAGCAAGAAAAGGGAACUGGCACAAGCCACUGGACUCACUCCUACACAGGUCGGAAAUUGGUUUAAAAACCGGAGGCAACGAGACAGAGCCGCAGCAGCAAAAAACAGGCUUCAGCACCAGGGAAUUAGACAGAACGGUAUGCGGUCCCUUUCAGAAUCCGGGUGUACUCCACGCAGCUCGGCCGAAUCGCCGUCGACCGCGGCCAGUCCUACUACCAGCAUCUCCAGUAUGACAGAGCGAGUUGACACUGGAACGUCCAUUCUUUCAGUAACAUCCAGUGACUCCGAGUGCGACGUAUGAUAUAAAAAUAUAAAUAUUUACAGGAAAUAUGGACAUGAAAAAAAACUAUGAAAUAUCGAGGAUGAAAAAAGGACAAUUUUAUAUAAAUAUAUAUAAAAAAAAGAACAACAAAAAAACAUAUUUUGUAAGCGCUUUCAAUGGACCCACCACGCCCCCACCACCACCUCUACCUGCAUGAUGUUUUUUGUAUCUGGGAAAAAUACCUUGUUCAAUAUUUCUACAAGGAUCAUCGAGAAGAGGGAAUUAAUUACCAGAGGGUGUUUAUCGCCUUUUCAUCUCCGUUUUAGUCCAAGUGAUGAUGCCGCUCAGCCAAGAUGCAAUUCUGUUUUACUUUAUGUUCAUCAGACAAUCAUUUACGUUUUAAGCACCUUUGUACUACACUUCUGUCACUGCCUGUGAGGAGUAAAUGGUGAAAUGUGGAACCGAAUCGUUAUGACUGUAUCAGAUUUGUAUUUUUAUUUCAAGAUUUUAUAUUGAAUUAUGUAUAUCUCAAAUAAUGCGAUCAUUCUCCCGGUCUGUACUCUCCUAUAUGUGUAGAUAUGUAAAUAACGCGAUCAUUAUCCCGGUCUGUAAGAUCCUAUAUGUGUAGAUAUGCUUGUACAUAAUAUUGCUCUCCCAUCUCCAUCUUUUCUAUCCUUGUUCACUUUUCUCGACUGGGUGUUCCUACAUAAAAUAUUUGUCAAAAUGUAAAAGUGCUCUAGACGUUUUGUUAGUUUGUUUGUUUUUAUACCGAACAUGGAUAAUGACACUAGAUAAACGUGUUAUCAGUCACAGUUAUGCAAAACUAUUUAAUAUAAGCAUUGGGAUAUUCUUCAAUGGUAAUUACAGUCGUAUAUUUCCUAAAGCGCUUAUUAUUCUUUCUUGCGUGUUUAUGUUCGUGUAUAUUUCUAAAUCAAAAUACAGUAUUCCAUUUUGUUAUA